AUGGAUAAUAAUUCUUGCCUUGUAGCAAGGUUACCAACAGGUAUCGCCGGCCCACCGAAGUUGACGACUAAUUCUGAGGUCGCAACCAUGACAUAUUUACGGACCAAGAUUUCACUUCCGAUACCGAAAGUCUUGGAUUGGAGCGAUGAUCCAUCAAAUCCAGUUGGAGCAGAGUAUAUUAUAGAGGAGCAUGCAGUUGGUACACAGUUACCCCAAGCGUGGCCUACCAUGAAUUCGGAACAGCAUAUGCUAUGUACCAAAGCCCUUUCAUUGGCAUUAAAAGAGAUGGCGUCCUUGGACUUUCCGGCGUAUGGCAGUCUAUACUUCUCGAAUGUACCAAUAGACGCGAGCUUGAAGGCCCCAAUCGAGCAGGGCUUCUGUAUUGGACCACAUUGCAGUCCGAUUUUUUGGAACCGGAAUCCGGGUGAAGCUGAACUUUAUGGGGCGCCAAGUCCUAAUUGCGGGCCAUGGAAGACACUCCAGGAUUAUUGCUCAGGCUUGGUAGAGACUGCCUUUUCCCGUUUACCAAGGCACGGCGCCAUUACCCAAGAGCUUGCUCCUCAUCAGGGAUCAAUUGAAGAUCAUAUCCAUUUAAUAAAUGCUACCCGAGAAGUGUUGCAGCUGCUGAUCAAAGAUCAGCGUAUCCAGAACGCUGCUACUCCCACUCUUCUGCAUUCGGAUUUCCACAUGGGAAACAUAUUUGUGUCUGCUGAGGAUCCAACUAUCAUUACUGGCUUAAUAGAUUGGCAGUCAGCAAGUAUUGAACCAGCAUUUAUCUAUGCGAAUGAGACGCCCGACUUCGCUACACCUGCCGUGGAUGUGGACGAUACCAUGUCCGCGGACAGCCAAAGUGAAGUGAACAAUUCAAGUAACAACGAGCGAGCUCGGAAAGAUGCAGCAAUCUGUUAUCAGACGUACGAUGUGUGCCUGAAGGGACUGGCUCCCAAAUUACGUCCGGCAAGGUUACUUGGACCGUCUCUAUUUCGACUGUUCCAUUACUGCCACACAACAUGGAGAGAUAGUGCUCCGGCGGUCCGCCAAGAAUUAUGUGAACUGUCAGCCCACUGGUCAGAAUUGGGCUUGCAGGGCUCUUGCCCUUACUCUCCAACCAAGCAGGAGAUGGAGAAGCAUGCUCGAGACUAUGAGGAUUUCGAGACCGUCCAAAGGUUAAAGGUGUGGCUCAAACGCUCUCUGCACACAAAUUCCGAUGGCUGGGUCCCAAACGAUGUUUGGGUUGCCACCAAAGACGCCCACCGGGCAGCUUAUGACGAAUGGAUACAAACAGCCAGGGAGUCUGACUCGCAUGGCGAAGGCCUGACAGUGGAAAAAGCAAACCUCCUGUGGCCAUUCGAUGCUAGAUGA